UCUAAAUAACUGAAAUUGUGCCAGCUGACAUAGUUUAAUGGAUAAUGCCUCUGUCGUAACAUUUUUUAGGCUUUCAGGAUUAAAUUACAGAAUGCAACAUAGAAUAAUUCUCUUUGUUCUCACUUUACUGUGUUACUCAGUUAUUUGGAUAGUAAAUGUUGUUGUGAUUAUAACCAUCACUGUGGACCGAAAACUUCAUGAGCCUAUGUAUAUUUUCCUGUGCAAUCUGUGUAUCAAUGGACUUUAUGGGACAGCAGGCUUUUACCCCAAAUUUCUCAUGGAUCUUCUUUCUACCACUCAUGUCAUCUCUUAUGCUGGAUGUCUCCUGCAGAGUUUUGUGAUAUACUCUUCAAUUGGAAGUGACUUAUCAAUUCUAGCUGUUAUGGCCUAUGACAGAUAUGUGGCUAUAUGUCAUCCACUAAUGUACCACUCUGUGAUGACUACACAAAGAAUAUCUCUCUUAGUUGCCUUCUCUUGGCUUUUACCUCUUUUAUGCAUGUUCACUAACACAAUGACAAUUUUCCAGUCAAAAUUAUGCAGCUCACACAUACCUAAACUUUACUGUUCAAACAUACUCAUUGAUAAACUAGCUUGCUCUGCCUCCAUAGAAAAUGCAAGCAUUGCAUAUGUCAACAUUACUAUUUAUCUUGUCCAUUUUUUCUUUCUUUUGUGGUCUUAUAUGUGCCUGGUUAGAACAUGUCUAACAUCCCAACAGGGCAGGAAGAAGUUUAUGCAAACAUGCAUUCCACAUUUAGUCUCUUUAUUCAGUUUUGCCUUUGCUGUGCUUUUUGAUUUAAUGUACACUCGAUUUGGUUCGAAAAUGUCAUCACAGGGCCUUCGGAAUUUCAUGGCAAUAAAAAUGUUUUUAAUUCCACCAGUUUUGAAUCCUCUGGUAUAUGGAUUAACACUGACCAAAAUUUCGCAGUAGAGUUCUUGGUUUGAUUCAAGAAAGGAAAGAAAAUGUCGAGACAAAGUAAUCAAGGUGAGAGCUCCUCCUCUCAACUCAUCCAAGCCAGAACAGGUGUUUCCAAAUCUUUUGUUCUAUCACAAUUUCAAGUUAUUUCAGAAUGUUCACGUGGGAUAAAAAUAACCACAGUGUUUAUUUCAUAUCAUUAUUCCCUUCAAAUUCCUGUUCAUGUCUGAUUUGACUGUGUCUCUGAGCCAUGUUACAUACUUACACAUACAUGUCAUAAUGGCUAGUACUCCAUAAUCAAGAUUUUUAUUUAUUUAUUUUCAAAUUCAUAUUUCAAAGUCUGUGCAACUUGAUUGCAAGUAUAAUCUUAAGUAUUUGUUUUAUCCUUUGCUAGUAUUUUUUUUUUGAAACAUUUUUCUUAAAACAAACACUGCCUCUUUUCUUUUUCUGACUCAACUAGAGUGCCAAUGAAAUUAAAUGUUACAUUAUGGUGUGGUGGGUAUGAUAAGUUACAUUAUUUGUACAUUUGCAUGCCUGUAUUUUCUCAAACAUACUAUGUUUUUUCCAUUUGAUUUACCCCCCAUCAGUCAUAUAGUAGUAUCCAAUCUGAUACAAAUCAACCAGCUCAUUUUUAAGUUGCAUCAUUUUUAUGUUGAAGAAUGCUUCUCUAAAUGUUCCACAAUAUCAAGAAAGCAUAUUUAAGACUUCCGGUAUGGCGUAGGAGCAAACAGCAGCAUA